CACUCUCGAAUAAAUUUUGACAAGAUCUAAUAUACAAGUCGACUGUAUUAUACACUUUCGCUGAGUCAGUAAUGUUGGCAGGCACUCCAAACUUAUUUUAACUUGUGAUAAAAGUAACAGCUACAAAUAAUUCAACUUGCCAGCAACUAUGGAUAGUGUAUUACAGUUAGUAAAUAAUCCAAUUGAUGUCUUUGAGGAAACAUCACGACUUCUCCUGAAAAUUGCUGAUAAUGUCAUCAAUACACCUAACAAUCCUAAGCUUCGAUCUCUUCAGAAAUCCAAUGAAACAAUCACGAAGAAAAUCCUUAAUGUGCAUGGAGGUAUAGCUUGUUUGAAAGCCAUGGGAUUUCAAGAGAGUGAGCAAUGUUUCAAUUUGCCAAUUAAUGACCCACUUAUCAAUUUAAAACAAAUUCGAGUGGAAAUUAACAGAUUGAAGAAUGGUGAGAAAUCUGUAUCAAACAUUCCUAACAAUGUGAGAGUAGAAAAUAACACUAAGACUGAAAAUGAUCAAGUACAAGGUAACAACGGUGUUCCUGAACAUUUUAAGAGAAUCCAACUGCCAUCAUAUACAUCACUAUUUAAUAAUCCAUUUUUGAAAGAAAUUGAGUUAUACUUGCAUCGAGCUUUAUACUAUGAGAAUUCCUACUUGCAAGAGCGAGCAUUAAGUGUGAUACCAUUGAAACAACUUGAAGAAAAUGCUCAGAUUGCAUUAAGAACAAUGCAGGAAAGAGUUAAAAGAGAAAAAUUAAAAGAUCCAGAAGUUAAUUUACAAGAUUUCCUCCUUCUGGAACUCCUAGCAUGGUUUAAAAAUGAUUUCUUCGAGUGGGUUGAUAACCCACCUUGUAGCACAUGCAAAGGUAAAACAAAAUUCUCUCACAAGUCAACAGACAAAGAACUUAUGCAGUUCACUGAUAGAGUUGAGAUGCACAAAUGUAAUACUUGUAACACACUCACGCCAUUCCCACGAUACAACGAUUUAAAUAUACUUCUGGAGACGCGUAAGGGUCGUUGUGGUGAAUGGGCCAACACAUUCACUCUGAUGUGUCGCGCUUUGGGUUGGGAUGCACGUUUUGUAGUUGAUCAAACCGAUCAUGUAUGGACAGAGGUGUAUUCAUUUAGUCAGCGCAAGUGGUUGCACUGUGAUCCAUGCGAAAAUAUCUGUGAUAAGCCGUUGAUGUAUGAAUCCGGCUGGAAAAAGACAGUUUCCUAUGUUAUUGCGUAUUCUGGUGAAGAAGUGCAGGAUGUGACUUGGAGGUAUUCCAGUAAGCAUAAGGAGGUGCUCAAGAGGAGGAAACAAUGCACUGAGGCAGAACUUGUUGAAGCAAUGGGGAUUUUAAGGGAGAAUAAAAUGAGUGGGUUGUCGCAGAGUAGGAAAGAUUAUUUAAAUAAGAGGUUUUUGUCGGAGUUGGUUGAAUUUAUGGUUGAAAAACAGCCUACUGAUGAUGCACAAGUUGGAAGAACAUCCGGGGCUUUAGAUUGGCGUCAAUCACGAGGCGAAAUACAGAGAACGAAUAAAUCGCAAUUUGUUUGGGAGUUUAACUCUUCUGAUGUAUGCAAUGAUUUUAUUACUAUACAAUAUUCAUCAGCUUUAAAUCAGUACCAAAAAGUGACUGUUGAUGGUGCGACAAUUGCGCUUAAUAAUUGGGAUGCAGGAGUGUUUGAAACCGAAGGAGUUUUUCGUAAAGUUGAGACUGAUUGGAAAAAGGUUUAUUUAUGUAGAACAGAAUCAAAAUCAGCUCAAUCUGGACAUAUCACAUGGAAAUUUAUCAUAAGUGAUAGAAACUAUUCAUUUGAUACAAUUGAAUAUGCCAUUGAAAGAACAACAUUUGAAAAUGCUUCGGUCACUGCCAAAAUAUGUAAUAAUGAUCAAUGUGUAUUACUAACAACAGACAAAGGAACAACGAAUGAAUUCUCUGGAAAGAAGGAGUUCAUGAUAACGACGAAUUUAUCGGGUGGUAAAAGUGAUAAUGCAUGGCAACAUGCGCAAUUAUGUCGAGAGGACUUGGACUCAAAAGAUUUUACUUUUAAAGUUAGAUUUACUUUCAAAAAGGGUUAAAUAUGUAUCCAGUGAAUUGAUUAUUUUUAAUAGAGAUUCUGAUCUAUAUUUCAUUGAUACUAAAUCAUUUCACAAGUAAUUUAAAAAUAAACGUAUAUUGUUUCACAAA